AUGACGCAGACAGACCCAUGCCCAGGCCAGAGAAUGAAUGCUGAGGACACAGGCAAAUUAUUCCCGGGGAAAGGAAUCCCAAGAAUUGCAAAAGUUACAUGUAGAGAGUGUGGGCAAGACUUUAGUGCUAAGUCAAGCCUUAUCACACACCUGAGGACGCACACAGGGGAGAAGCCCUAUGUCUGCAGGGCGUGUGGACGAGGCUUUAUUAAGAAAUCACACCUCAUUACACACCUGAGGACACACACAGGGGAGAAGCCCUAUGUCUGUAGGGAGUGCGGGCAGGGUUUUAGCCAGAAAUCAAUCCUCAUUAGACACCAGAGGACACACUCAGGGGAGAAGCCCUAUGUCUGCAGGGAAUGUGGGCGAGGCUUUAGUCAGAAAUCAAUCCUCAUUAGACACCAGAGGACACACUCUGGGGAGAAACCCUAUGUCUGCAGGGAGUGUGGACGAGGCUUUAGUCAGAAAUCAAUCCUCAUUAGACACCAGAGGACACACUCAGGGGAGAAGCCCUAUGUCUGCAGGGAGUGUGGGAGAGGAUUUAGUCAGAAAUCAAACCUCAUUAUACACCAGAGGACACACUCACGGGAGAAGCCCUAUGUCUGCAGGGAGUGUGGACGAGGCUUUAGUCAGAAAUCAAUCCUCAUUAUACACCAAAGGACACACUCAGGAGAGAAGCCCUGUGUCUGCAAGGAGUGUGGACGAGGGUUUAGCCAGAUAUCAAUCCUCAUUAUACACCAGAGGACACAUUCAGGGGAGAAGCCCUAUGUCUGUAAGGAGUGUGGGCGAGGCUUUAGUCGGAAAUCAUACCUCAUUAUACACCAGAGGACACACUCAGGGGAGAAGCCCUGUGUCUGCAGAGAGUGUGGGCGAGGCUUUCGUGAGAAGUCAGACCUCAUUAGACACCAAAGGAUACACUCGGGAGAGAAACCCUAUGUCUGCAACGAGUGUGGGCAAAGCUUUAGUCGGAAGUCACACCUCAUUAGACACCAGAGGACACACUCAGGGGAGAAACCCUAUGUCUGCAAAGAGUGUGGGCGAAGCUUUAGCCGAAAGUCACACCUCAUUAGACACCAGAACUUCGUUACACACCAGAGGACACACUCAGGGGAGAAGCCCUAUGUCUGCAGGGAGUGUGGACGAAGCUUUAGUCAGAAAUCAAACCUCAUUAGACACCAGAUGACACACUCAGGGGAGAAACCCUAUGUCUGCAAAGAGUGUGGGCGAAGCUUUAGUCGGAAGUCACACCUCAUUAGACACCAGAGGACACACUCAGGUGAGAAGCCCUACAUCUGCAAGGAGUGUGGGAGAGGCUUUAGUCAGAAGUCACUCCUCACUGUACACCAUAGGACACACUCAGGAGAGAAGCCCUAUGUCUGCCGGGAGUGUGGAUGA